AAACACUGCAGGUAUUUAAUCUCCGUUUUUUGCACUUCUACGGCUUUAAAACAUUUAAUAUCUAAAAAUCUAUAAUCUAUAUUUGACAGCUGAGUGGGAUGUGUGUUAGAGUUGAUGGUAAGUUGAAUCCUCCGGUGGUUCCUAUCGACCAGAAAUAUGAGUGACCAAGGAUUUGUAGAAAUGACCUCAUCUGUCAACCAGUCGACAGCUACAAACCAGACAGCAGUCGACGGUUGUGUUGACGUCGACACCUCGGCAGACCCUUUCUUCAUCGUUGUCUACAGUCUGGUGUUUCUGGCCGGUUUCUCCCUCAAUGCCUUCAUCAUGAAGUUUUACUUCUGCCGAGCUCAUCGUCAGGCAUCCAGCAGCAUGACAGUUUACCUGAAGAACUUGGCGGCCGCUGACUUCCUGCUAUGCCUCUGUCUCCCCAUCCGCAUCACAAAAUACGUCAGCACCACCCGCCUUGUCUUCUGCCACUUUGGAUUCUCUGCCUUCUUCCUCAACAUGUACGCCAGCAUCCUGUUCAUGGGAUACAUCGCUGCUAACAGGUAUCUGAAGAUCGUCCAUGGAUCUGCAGCACCUCACAUCCUGCAGACGGUGCGGGCUGCACGUAUCAUCUCCACUGUCUCCUGGGUUUUCCUCCUGGCCCUGAUGAGCACCUACAUCAUCAUGUUAUUCCACAGCCUAAAACAUUUGACCUCUGUCCCAACAAGGUGUGAAACCCUCCACAGUGACCAGCUUGCUGUGCUCUACACAAUCAUACAAACUUUCUCCACCAUCAGCUUCCUGUUUGUCCUGGUCUCCUUGAUCUUCUUCUAUUAUAACACCUCCCGCAGGGUGUCAGAGGCGCGGCAGAGGCAGCCGACGUCCUCCAGCUCCAAGAAGCUUGCAAAGUCACACAGAAACAUGUUGGUGCUGGUCUGUGUCUUCUGCGUCUGCUUCGUCCCUUUCCACAUGUUUCGCCUUAUCGACAUAUUCCUUCGGAAGAAUUGUUCUAUGAGGACGGUUUCUUAUUACCUGAUGGAGGUGACGGUCAUGGUUUCAGCUCUGAACGUCUGCCUGGACCCACUCAUCUACUUCAUCUUCUGCAAGGCGUUCAGAGCCCAGCUUAGCCGGAGAGGGGAGGCUAGAAACGGAUAAUUACUGUACAUAACAUUUUAUUUGUAAUCAUUUCAUUAAAACAAAUUGAGGGGCUCUGUGGAGCUUUGUGUGGUGCUGGGAGCCAGUCGUUAAUGUUAGCGGACUCAUAAAAAGUCAAUACUUUGGACUGUCGUGGAACUCUGAACCGAGUCUUUCACACUGUGAAAGACUGUGAAUGGCUACUUGGCAAUACUGGAAGCAAGGAUGAGUUGUGCUGCCAUAUCCGGAUGUAUAAUACGUAUAUGGUAUUUGGUCUUAACAAAAGAAAAACGUUUUUUAUACCUGAUGUGGCAGAAAACAACACACACCCAGAGACUAAAUACUUCUGCCUGUUCCAGUCGUCACCUUUCAUAUAUGUCCAUCUGAUCUCCGCACCAGAGGAGUGGAGUCAGUCGCCGCACAGUAACUGAUGGCUCAAGUCAAACAGGGGGAGGAAAUCAAACCUGGCGCCUUCACAAUGAUGCACUGAGAAAAGGCCAGUGACAGUCAAUCUUUAUCCAUUGUCAUAUAUUUCUCUGUCUUUUCUCUCUGUGUCUGUCUGUAUUUCAUGUAAUCUCAAUCUCUGUGACAGCCUGUGAUGGUUCAAAGGAAGAGAAGAGAGGGAGAGAGAGAGGCGUAGAUCAUUGUUUUUUUCUGCCCGGUUUUGUUCCUGUCGACAUAUAAUCCAUGUUAAUAAAUGGCUGUUGAGGUCAUCGCAAUGUAGCCAGAAGGGAUGAUGGGAGAGACAGAGGGGAAAAUAGAAAAUAGGUUUCAGUCUGAGUGAGCGAGCUUUGAACAUGGUGUACACCUCACCGUUAACCUUGUUUAUAUGUUGUGUAUAUUUUGGGAUAUUUUUGAUUUUGGAUACCUGUUUAUAUUUGAAUUUCCUACUUCCUACUGGAACUGCUGCACAACAGUUCCCCCCCCGGAUGACUGAAGCUCUAUCUUAUCUUAAGCUGAUACAUAUGUGGCCAAAAGUAUGUAGACACCUGAACAUUUCACCUGUAUGUACAACGACUCAUCUGACGCCAACAGCCUCCGUUUUUCUACGGCAGCUUUCCACCGUAUUAAGGAACCCGGCUGCAGAGAUUUUCCCUCAUUCGGCCAAAAGAGCAUUAGUGAGGUCGAGCGCUGAUGCUGGGUGAUAAGGCCCCGCUCGCAAAUUGGUGUUCCAGUUCAUCCCCAAGCUGCUGGAAGUGGGUUUGAGGUCAGGUUGAGUUCUUCCACAACAAAACUUGAAAAAUCACUUCUUCAUGGACCUGGUUCUGUGAGUGGGGUCAGAGUCAUGUUGUAAAUAUUUAAAUAUAGAAUAUGAAAAAUAGAUAUUCUAUGUUAACCUCUGCUGUGCUGGUAAUUCAGUCAACCUGCUUAAGAAAUGUAAAUGUUUGCUCCGCUGACAGAAAUAAUAGAUAAUGUUGUUCUGUAUGUUCACAACAACCAGCUCUGUCUUCAUGAACCUGCUC